AAUUAACACAAAUAAUAUUAGAUAAUAACAACGCUAUGUAAUCUAUCAUUACAAUCAAUCAUUUUGAUAACCAUUCAGAAACAGCUCAGUAUUAAAGUGUCUACAGAAAUGUUCGAAUAUUUGUUAUUUCUUAUAGUUGUAUCUAAUGUGUUUUGUGAAGAUGUGGCCGAUUCCAGGAUUGUCGAACUGCCAGAAGGCGAUGUGCAAGGCGCAAAAUACUGGAAUGGGGAUAUUUAUGAAUUCUACGGGGUGCCAUAUGCGACUGCGCCGAAGGGGCGCGACAGAUUUAAGCCCCCUCUUCCAGUCACACCAAGAAAAACUAUUCUAACAGCGGACAAACAAUCAAUUAUGUGCCAUCAAACGUUUUACACCGGCGAAAAUGAAGAAGAAAUAUUCCUGAAUGGUGAAGAGGACUGUCUAGUCAUGAACAUUCUCGUACCUCUUAUUGCAAACAGGACGAAUUUAGUACCAGUGGUUGUAUACAUCCACAGCGGGGCAUUCGCCGGUGGCAGUGCUAAUAUGGGCAAGCUUCAUUACCUAGCAAGAUUAGGUGUAGUAGCCAUUACUUUCAACUACAGAGUUGGAGCUGUAGGCUUCGCUUGCCUAGGUACAGAAGAAAUUCCCGGUAACGCCGGUCUUAAAGAUCAAUUGGCUGCAUUGAAGUGGAUCAAAAAGAAUAUUGGAAGAUUUGGUGGAGACCCUGAUAAAAUUACGCUGGCUGGUUACAGUGUUGGUGCAACCAUGGCAGAAAUACACGCAUUGUCAAAACACACUAAUGGAUUGUUCGAUAAGCUAAUUUUGGAUAGUGGAUCAGCAUUAACCCCUUUUGCAAUCAACAGACAUCCAAUAACAACAGCAAGGAACAUAGCAUUGUCUUUUGGCUACAAUAUUACAGGAAAUAUCAAAGAUUUAACAGAGUUCUAUUUAAACGCUACAGAUACAGAUCUGGCAAUAAAAAGUUUAAAUUUUUUCUUGCCCAAUAGUACUUUUGGUUUUUCUCCUUGUAUUGAAAGUAUAGAAAAUAGCCCUGAACCUUAUUUGACUGAAUCGCCAUUAGAAACUUUGAAGAGAGGAGAUGUAAAACAAUUAGCUAUUUUGAUUGGGUUCACAAAAAUGGAAGGACUAAGUAGAUCCGGUCAAUUUGGCGCAUGGAAAAAAAAGAUGAAUGAAAACUUUGCUGAGUUUUUACCAGCAGAUUUGAUCUUCAAAGAUUUCAAAACGAAGGAAGAAAUUGCCAAAAUGGUGAAACAUUAUUAUUUUAAGGAUGAGGAAGUGACAAAUGAUAAGAAACGGGAAUACGUUGAUUAUUUUAGUGACUCUAUGUUUAAAUAUCCAAUAAUAAAGUCGCUGAUGUUACAAAGAGCAAUCACAACAAGACCGUUUUACGUUUAUGAGUUUUCAUACGUUGGUGAAUUAAGCACGCCACAUCAUUUUAUGGAUACUAUUAAAGGUGCCACUCAUAGAGACCAAGAUUCGUAUAUUUGGGAUUUCUAUGGUUUCACAAAAAACCCAGAAGAUAUGGACACAAGAGAUCGCAUGACAUACAUGUGGACGGAUUUUGUAAAGUUUGAAAACCCGACCGCAUAUGAAAGCGACUUGAUAGAUACAAAAUGGAAGGUAUACUCAAGGCAACAUCCCUACUACCUUUCGAUUGACAGAAAACUGGAAUUGAAGGUGGACCCGGUUCCCGAAUCUUAUCAGUUUUGGGACAAGUUGUACGAAAAAUAUUACUGGGACCCAACACAUCAGAAGCCAGACACAAUAAAGAAAUAAAAUAUAUGUAAUUUUUUCCCCACUAUUAUAAUAUAAAUACAUUGUCAAGAAUGUCUCCCCACUAUUAUGAUAUAAAUACAUUGUCAAGAUUCUCCCCAGGAGUAUUUUAUUAAUUUAUGUCUUUGGGUGUUACAAAUAAAAAAUGAGAAAGUUUUACAAGUAUCAAAUACUUCUUCGAAAGAAUUAAAUAGCAAUGUAAUUCAUAUAUCUUCAUUUUAACAAUUAACAAAGGUUUUUAUUCUGCAUUUAUGAAAAAAUAACCUGGGGAAUAAGACAUUCUAUUGAUACUAAAGAAAGUGAUAGUAAUUAGAAAUUAAUAGAAAUGAAUAGACGUAUUUGUGGGUUGACUGCGGUUCGAAUACCGUUCUUUGUAAAACAUCAAGACGAUUUAGAUAUCAAAUUGUAUCCACCGACCCUUACCACUAACCAAUGUCGAAUUCGAAUAGUUUGCGAGUGCGAAAUGUCAUUGUCAAAUGUGUACUGAAUUUUAGUUCUCGUUACGUCCGUUAUGGCGCUGCUGUUCAAGUUUCCAUACAAAACAUGACAUUGACAUUUCCCACUCGCAAACUAUUUGAAUUCGAUAUUGGUUCGUGCUAAGUACUUGACUGUAAUUUUUAAUCUUCCGCUUAUUUGCAAGAAUAUGAGAAACUUAGAAUUUUACAGAAAAAAUACUACGGAAUUUUUUUUUAACAUGACUCAGUGAGAGAGAGAGAGCAGUUGCUCGACAGCGUAUGUAACCUUAAGCUAAUUGAUCACUACUAGUUUUCUAUAAUUUAAUCAUAAAAAAAUGUAGGUACUAAGUUCAACUUUAAAAAAGUGAAUUGUCGCGGGCCAAACUUAUUUUCUAGAAGAAAAAUAAAAAAAAGAUUGAAUGUUUAAAAACGUUUUCACUCGCCGCGAGUAAAGAUUCAGAAUAUUACAAAUGUGAAAGUGUGUAUGUUUUUUACUCAAUCACGCAAAAACUACUUAAAAAAUGGCUGAAAGGAGAACAACCACUUUGAAUGGGGGGUUCCAAGUUCUUUAUAUAGGAGGAACAAAAAACUAUUGUAAAACUUAUUGUAAAUGUAUACUGCCAAUCUAUAAUUGGAUUCAAUCGCUAGUUGGGUUAAUGAGAUAUUUUGAUUUGAAUUUAAUUAAAAAUAAAAUAUAAUUUAAAUAUAAAGAGAGUUUUUUCGGAUGUAUUUUGUAGACAAAAUAAAUAUAUUUUUUAACUAAUUUGGAACAAUUUGGUGUCGACAAAGACAUAGCAGUCAAAAAUAUUCAAUAAUAGCAAGCACGCUACUAUGUUGGCAUAUAUACCUACAAUCAAAAUACGGAUGGUUGGCCAUAUUGAAAGUGAAGCUGUUUAUAUUUUUAAUAAUUCAUCAGAAAUUAUAACAAUAAUAUGCCGAGGGUCAAUUAAAGAAACAUGAUUACUUUUUUUUCUUUUUUUUUCAAUUUAUACAUUACUUCAAUAAAACAUUCAACUCAUGAUUAGUUGCAUUGAUUGUUUCGAAUAUAAUUCAAAUUCAAACUCAUUUAUUCAGUCUAGGCUGUUACAAGCUCUUGUGAAAGUCAAACGCUACGCCAUCAGUAAUAAUAGCAAAGCACGUUCUUUUAUACGCUAAACGCUACUUUCCUUUAUACGUUAAAGUUUUUAUACUAUUUUUUGAGUUUCACAACUAGCUAAAAAAAUACUUUUUAUAUUAUAUUAUAUUACUUACUUUUUAAUGCUUAACAUACUAUCGAAAAAUUAUGUUUGUACAAGAUCAGUACCAAAAUAGUUGUUCUUCUUUAAAACACGUAUAGUUUAUGACCUGGAUUGAAACAAACGAUACUUUCUAUUCCGGAAAAAUGUCAGGUUCCUGUGAGAUCCACAAAAAACUCAUGUUAAUUCGGUCGGAGUCGAAGGCGGCCGAAAUCUGGAACCGACGCCCAACGCGUUUGAAAAAAACUCCCUUUACCCCUUUAAAAAGUAUUAACAAAGAGUGGAUAUUGAGUAUGCUUCACCGGCACCUGCAUCGUUUGUACACUCGCCGUUUCAAAGUAUUUGCUUAGGGUAGGGGUGGCUAAUAACUAGUGAUGUAACGAAUAUUCUCAUUCGCGAAUAUUCACAUAUUUUUGAAUAUUCGCAUUCACAUUCGCAUUCGCAAAAUCUCCGAGAAUAUUUUGCGAAUAUGAAUAUUAGAAAAAAAAAACAAUUUGAAGAAGUUGUAGUUCAGCCUUUCCUUGAAUAUUCAUUGUUACACAGUUUGCAUUUAGCUCGUUCAGCAUCGCAAGUGUGAAAUAAGUCCAUGUUUCACUAGAAUUCGAUUUACUCAUGUUAAUAAAUCACUAUUACCACUCACAAUCACUAACCUCAAAAUUCACUUGUUUUGUUUACGGAAAGACCGGUGCGAGCGGAAUGGUACUUCAGUCGGAUGAGUUCAUAUCAACUCGGCAAUUCGAACGAGACUGCCACCAUGCCAUAGACAAUUGGCGCCAAUUUAAAAAAAAACUAAAUAUUCGAUUUCGCGUUCGCCAAUAUCGGUACCAGACAUUCGCAUCCACAUUUGCAUUCGCGAAUGUUCAAAAAAUGACAUUCGUUACAUCACUACUAAUAACACUCGUUUGGGGACGUCAGUCACAUUGCCAGCUGGCUCUAAGCGAUUACCUCAAAGCGGUUUAACUCGUAAUGAAGCGUUUUAUACUUUGGAACUUUAGUUUAUGAACGCUGCUUAGAUAAGCCGAUAAACAGAUUGUGACGAAAAAUUUAAGGCUAAUAAUUAAUUUAAAAUUAAAGGUAAAGAACGCACUGGCCUCUGUGCUUCGUGAUGCCUUAAUCAUCAUCAUCGGCCUGUUAAUGCAGGGGCACAGGCCUUCCCUAUGGAUGAAAUAGGGAGACUAGGCAUGGCCCACCACGUGGGCGCAGUGUGAAUAAGUAGGUGCUAAUUGUUAUACAUCUACUAACAAUUAGCACCUAUUAACGUUAACUAAAUAAAUAUCAUCAUCAUCAUCAGCCUAUUAAUAUCCCCACUGCUGGGGCAGAGGCCUUCCCUAUGGAUGGAAUAGGGAGAUUGGGCCAUGACCCACUACGCGGUCCCAGUGCGGAUUGGUGGGUGCUAACGACUGCAGAUGCAACCGGGAUCAACGGCUUAAUGUGCCUUCCGAAGCACGGCGAAGCUCGUCAUAAUAAGUUGUUGGUCACCCAUCCAAUGACCGACCAUUGCGACAGUUGCUUAACUUUCACGAUCUUAGGCGCGAGCUCCUCAUAGACGUGUUGAAUUUCCUCUAGUGCAUGCCUAAUCCUGUCUGAUGGCUGGGUCAUGUGAAUUUUUCUAGUAUUUUUUUUUCUUUAGAUUUAGAUGAAAUUUGGGAUGGAAGAAAAAAGGAUGUUCGGAGGAAUUGAUAAGGAUACAACAUAACACUUUUAGUGCAAGCGUUAUGAAAUGGUACUAUAAAUUCAACAAUAUUUAUCUUAUAUAUAAAAUUCUCGUGUCACAAUGUUAGUUACCAUACCGAAACGGCCUGACCGAUUUUUAUGAAAUUUUAGCAUAUUCCGUGGGUCUGAGAAUCGGCUACUAUCUAUUUUUCAAAUCCUUAAGUGUGUCCACCUGUAACCUACAAUGCGCCUUCACUCCAAAAUUCAAACUAUUGGGUAUUGUAACGUAGUGUUCUCAUAUGGGUUAGGAGGAAUGUUACCCCAGGAAAUAGAAAGGACACUAUGUUACACAACCCUAAAAUUUUUUUUGGACAAUAUUUAUUUUUUUAUAAUGUGGUAUUAAAAAAUACAUACAACCCUAAAUUUUCUCUUCCACCACCUGCCCCUAUUUUUAUGACGCUAUGAAAUUCGCCGGGUCAGCUAGUAUAAUAAUAAAAAUACAAAACACGGGUGUCCGAGACUUCGUCUGUGUCAAAUUGUGGAAAAAUUAAUUUCCCAUACAAACUUUACUAAACCUCCCUUUCCACUCUCCUAAACAGUGUUUUUGGGAUGAAAGCGAAGUGCAAUGGUACGAAAGGUUCAACAAUAUUUAUAUAAUUAAUAGCUGACCCAGCGAACUUCGUACCGCCCUAAAAAAAUAGGGGUUGUCCAGCGGACAAAGUUGUGAAUCUGAACCAUUCUCAGAUCCCCUUGAACACACACAAAAAAUUUCAUCAAAAUCGGUCCAGUCGUGUAAGAGAAGUUCAGUGACAUACACACUCACAGAAGAAUUAUAUAUAUAAAGAUAAAAAUACAAAAUACGCCCGCGAAUUCGUCUGCGUGGUUGAAAAAUUGGUUUCCCAUACUAACUUUCACCCCCUUUUUACCCCCCUAAAGGAUGAUUUUUGCUGAUAUUAUAAAGCCCUGGGACUCUUGACUAUUUGUAUUACAAAUUUCAUCUAAAUCAAGUCAGCGGUUUAAGCGUGAAGAGGUAACUGACAGACAGAUACACUUUUGCAUUUAUAAUAAUAAUAAUUCAUUUAUACCACAAAGAUUAUAGCAUGCCAAUGACAAAAUAAUAAUAAAUAGUUAUCAUUAUGAUACAAAAAGAAAAUUAGAUUACAUCACAACAUACAAUUACAUUUAAAACCAAAUAAAUUAAAAAUUCAAUCAGUUCAAAAUAGUAAAUUUAAAUUCAAUCAAUUUCACACCUAUUAACAGUUUCAAAAUAUCAAAAAAUGAAAAUAAAAUAAUAAUAGCGAAUAAUAAAUAAUAGAAAAAGCUUAUAAUUAAAGUACUUUAAAUCUUUUUGCUGUCAAAUUUCGCAUUUAACGUCAAAACAUUUAAAGUUAUCUCACCAUUAUGUCACAAAAGUGUAUUUACAACAACCCUUUACAAUUCGCAACCCCGCGAAACACAAUUUCGGAAUAUCCCAUGGAGUUACAAUGGAAGUGUCAAAUUUUACACCGUAAAUAAGCUUGCACCACCACGGAAGGGUGAGCCGCGGGAAACCUCCUUAAAAUAUGGCCCCUCUCGAGGGGACGGCAAACACAAUUUUACUCUUUAUCAGUACACUGUUUACCCGGGAUGAUCCGCCAGAACAAUAAAAAAGUGCAGAGCGGGGAAUUCCGUUCAAUCGUUUUAAUAAUAUUUGGAUUUGCUCUAGGUUAUGAGCAGAAUAUUUUAAUGAAAGGUCUAAAAUGAAAGGCAUUUGGUACAAGACCAUAUCAAGUGAACCUCGUCAUAUACCUUGGUUCAACAAUGGUAACAUAGAUCGUAUAUAUAUUAUGAUUAUGCACCGACUUCGUUCUGGACAUAUUCCAUAAAAUAAACUCUUGUUUCUUUAAAAAAAAAAUCCUCUAUUUGUGGAAUAUGUGAGAAAGUGGAGGAUGUGCAACACAUUUUAAUGGAAUGCGUCAAAAAUGAAGCGGAAAGUAGACAUGCAUUCUCCAUCCUUAAAAUUAAUAGGUAUGAAACUGGCAUUUUGCAGGGCAUCCUAGCCAACCCCUUAUCGGAGGAAGCUGGUGUGCUUUGCAAUAUCGCAGCAAAAAUGUUAUGUUAUAAUUAAGUUAUUAAAUACUUUUCAGAAAAUUGUAUGGUCAGGUUACGAUGGGGCUGGUAUGGACAUUUUGGUCCAAAAGUCAAUAAAAGAAAAAAAAAUGGAGGAAAAGUUUGAAGGUACACAUAUCUAUCAAGCUCAUUAUGCGUACGGACGUGUGGUAGAUUUUUUCAUAGUUUCCGUUUAUUAGGAAGUUUUCCGAUUUAUUAGGGAUAUUUUCUCUUAGUAAAACGUAGCCUAUGUAUUAAUCCAGGGUGCCAGCUAACUCUAUUAAAAUCGCUCCAGCGACGUCUAAACGACGUGAAGAAGUAACAAACAUACACACUCACGCACUCACAAACUUUC